AUGGCUGAGAAAGCACUAAGCCAGGAUCCGGGUCAAACCCAGUCCACCCAGGAUCUACUCCAGUCCACCCAGGAUCUACUCCAGUCCACCCAGGAUCAAUCCCAGUCCACCCAAAGCUACAUACAGAUCAAUGUCUCUGGUCAAGAUGGCUCGAUUGUGCAUUUCAAGGUGAAGAUGACUACGAAGAUGGAUAAACUAAUGAAAGCAUAUUGUCAGCGCCAGGGGUUUAAUAUAGAAAACCUCCGUUUCUUCUUCGAUGGUCAACCAUUAAAGCCAUCAGACACACCGACAUCUCUGAGAAUGAACGACAAUGAUCUAAUUGAUGCCUUCCAGAACCAGACUGGAGGGGAGGGAAGCUGCCUUGCCCUCCUGCCCGUGGUGCAGUAA